UUGAUAUUGUGAAGUGAUGCUUGCAUGCGGUAGAUGCAUGUAGGAAAAAUUCUAGUAUAAAGUGAAAGUUUUUCUGUUUGCGUUUUUUUCUGCAUAAGUAUUUAAUUAAGUACGGUAUAAUUCAACACGAAAGAUAGCGUAUCAAGAACAUAAUAAUUAUCUCAACAUCUACUGCAAAAUAAUGAGGACCAAAAGGAUGCUGUCUGUUGCUGCAUAUGGUCUACUUGUGUACCAUUCUCUUGUUGACCUCUUCCGGCUCGUCUGUGCCCGAACCACAACCGCACAAGAAGGACGACCCCGUUUCUUGCCCAAUAAUAAGGGUGGACCACUUUCCCGCUUAGCGAGAACUACAUCAGCGAGAACUGCAACUCUAUUAAGGGUACACCUUUAAGGUGCUUUUCUUACCGCUUUUUAUGCCUCUCUCCCUUAGGAGGAGAAAGGCAUAACAAGCGGGGCAAGCGAGCAGGAACAACCUACCUCUAACUCUACUUUCUCCUAUCACGACGUUGCAAGCAGAUGGCUUUGCUUGUCUCCAGGAGCAAAAGGAAAGCAGCAAGCUACCAUUUCUAGAGCUGCUUCAAGAAUGGAAUUACCUUGCUGAUUUCGACGCUGAAGCAGUAGCACAUACGCUGGAAAAAUUGAGGCCCUUUCAUUACGAAAGAAAUUGGUCGUCCAUCACUGCCGAUUUGCAGGAUUUAGCAGAGGCUAUAAGCUUGGAUCAUAGGUAUUUUGAAGGACAAGAAAACCUUGCAGCAACUGAACAACAGCCGAGGAGAGUGGCAAGUGCUUCUACAGCCGCAUCUGCGAGCAGAGGACCUACAAGAGGAGAAAGCCAGUACCAUCGACGAGGACAACAGCAACUGCAGCUAUCUUCUCGAAGUAGUGGUCCACCGGCAGCCCAUAAUACUCUUAAGGAUCUUCUAGGUUGUUUUAGGUGUUCCUGUUACCAUUAGGUUUUGUUUUGCUUUUCUUAAGGAAGUGAGGCAUGACGAACGCUAACCGGGUCGUAAGCUAACACGCAGGACCCUGCCUCUAAUACUCCUAUGCCACAUUCACCGCCUGGCACUAACCCUCAUGCACACACCACAGUUGUUGUAGAGCAUGUCGAGAGCGAGAGCAAUAACGGGCUUCAUAGGUGGACGCGGCACCGGAUGAGAGCUACUCCUGUUGCUGACGAUUCGCGAAGAAGGUCGACUGGUCCACAGCUUGGUGUCUUUGCCAGAUUCAACUUAGCAUCGAGAAACUUCAUAUGUGCUCCAGCAGGGCAGAACGAUGGAGGCAGGAGACGACCACGCUCUAGCAGUCGUAGAGGAAAUUGCUGGGAUGCAAUUUUUACCAGGGCCGCAGCCGCUUCAACUGUAGGUAGUUCUUACCUUGCCGCGAGAGCGCAGGACGAGAGUUUGAGCGAGAGCAGUCCUAGGCAAGACGAGGACAACGAGGAUGCAGAGGAUGAUGGAUUCUUUUUAUGACUGGAAUGUUGGACGAAUCAAUGAAAGGAGAGAUUGUACUUAGUACACAUUCAUCGAGAUAUUGACCGACCGUACUUACAACGGACAGCCUACAGGAAGUCACUAGAUGUACGUGGCUUUCUUGAAUGAAGUAUUCACGAGCGUCACCUCCUGCUAAUUCUCAGCUCCUACAGCGGCGCAACCGGGGAUCUAUUGCGGAAUGAGUUUUUCCGAGUUGUGGACUCGCAAGAUCCUGUUUCUGGACAGAUGCGCGUCGAUGUAAGUACUCUCUUCCAGCCCACCUCAAAAUUAAGGCUGUACCCAAUACAUCUUUGGACGCAUGAUCCUUGGAACGUAUGUAUGGAGGAGUAUCCUAGCUACGGGAAUGCUCCCACAUACUUUUCAAGGAUGCACUUGAAAGAUGAAUUCCGGACAGCUCAUCUAACAAAAGACUGGAUAGAGGUUAGACGUUGGCUCCAGACCCAGCGUCUUGCCUCACCUAAGGUGCGUCCUGGACAGUUUUCGUUUCCUACAACAGGAUGGAGGGAAAUCUUUAGUCAUAAUACUGCAGGAGGAGCAGGAGAAGACGCUACAACAAGAUCAAGAUCUGCUAGAAGUGGAGGUGCUUCUGCGGUCACUAUGGGAGCUGAUGUAGUUUCUGCACCACAUCGAGAAGGACUAGCAGGCUACCUAUCGAGUCAGGUGGAAGACGAGGAAACUCUUAGCUUCGGUACAACUAGAGAAGAACAAGAAACCGGUGGCACAGAUCGUGGCGAAGAUACUGAUAUUCAGCCUGCUCAUACAAGGAGAAGCUUAUUGAGUAGAACGCCUUUUUACUCUGGUCAAAGAGAUCGGUCUGGUAGUACUUCUUCGAGCAGUACUAGUCCUUUUACGUCGUCACCAGAAGCGGGUAUCGAUAAUCCGGGAAACACCCGUGCUGCAGUUCUAGAGCAAUAUGAACAAGCUGUCCGACAAGGCAGCAAUAGUUAAGGCAAGAACCAAUAGAAAUUCUCAUGCCCUCCAUCCUCAACGUCACCCUUGGCCGCUUUCCAUGAUAGGGGAAAAGACACCUCCAAGGAUGCAGUCAGGGAUGCGCAUGUUGCAGUACCAUAUCUAAAGUGAUAAGGACUUCGCCUCCCUACUGCGAACCAUGAUAGCGGAAACUACCUAUGAAACUGAAGGUUUGUGGGACUGGGAUGACGCUAGAAUUCGAGUCUUCGUCAUCAUGCACGACAAUAUGUUCGUAGUGCACUUAAGACACCACACCAAAAUGCUCCAUCCGAGUAGCAGUAGUGGGAGUCUGGCCAGUAGAAGUAGCGUCACAGGAGGCGUGGAGUUGAGUAAUCCCCUUGUAGAGGUAGGUCAUAUUAAGGCUCAACUUUCAUUGGUCACCAUUUAGAUUGGUCACUGAGAUCGAAGAGGGGCUCCCUUCUUGAGAGAACCAACAGGGGAGAUAAAUGAAGGAAAAACAGAACAGGGAGAGAACGUGGGGCCCUUUUCACUCAGAAUCAGUCUGACUACUGACUGCUGAGCUUUAAUCAUAGAACAAGUAAUGUCCCUGCUGGAUUAUCUGUCGGGGACGAGCGGGCAUCUGUAGAAGGGGAACAGUCAUCUUCAGUGGACCAGCCGGCGUCUCUAGACCAGAUUGACGCAAGGAAUAGUAGUGCUAGUGCUAUGGAUGUCGAUGCAGGACUACCGCCCGACACGAAUACAAGCAUUAGCAGGCCACCAGUUGACGUGAAUAUGAACAACACCACUACAAUUAAGGCUGUAGCUAGUGCAUCUUUGACUGCAUCCUUGAAACGUAUGGGGGAGUAUCUCAGUGCGAAACUCUGGCAUACUUUUCAUGGAUGCAGCUGGGCGAUGAAUUACGGAGAGCGUUAACACAAGCACAAGUGUACCGAGACGAGCAACAGACGGAGGUAGCCCUGGACCCUCCUUUGACGAGUAUUUCACCGCAACGGCCUGUUGGCGGACUGAUAUUAGAAAUCGUGUCUCUAUGUCAGAAAGAGAGAUGAUGGAAUACGUGAUGCAGCCACCGAGGAUGGGAAUGCCGCCGUUAAGGCUUGUUUUUCACUAUCAUUCUUUUUCUUGUAAUAGUCAAUACUCGUACAUCAAGGGGAACAACUUACUUAUAACUACUAUCGUUCCCUUUUGGACUUGGUCCAUCUUGAUUUAAAUAGGGGAAGAUAAGGGAGGAAAGGGGCAUCUACUGAACCUUGAUCUUCAACAUCAAUGGGGAGUCAAUGGGGAGAUACCCCUUUCCUCUCCCAUUAGGGAGAAAUUGAUGUUGAAGAUGAGGUUGACCUCAACGAUCAUUAGCUCCCAUGGGGGGCUAACCAGGCAGAGUGAAAAACUAGGGCUCUCUAACAUUACCGCAAGGCGCCAUGUCAAGACACCCUAGAACUUUUGUCUAUGAAGUUUUACAAGUACCUUUGAUCAAGGCGGGAAAUGGAGAAGAUGUUGGGGGAUGUCAUCAUGUUAUGGUGUGAAGUAUUAGAAGUAUGUCAAAGUUUGAUUCCUCAUGCAAUAGUAAUACAGUAGAUGUAAAGAUGGUAAGCAGUAGGGAGUGUACCACCACAUCUUCACUCUUUGAAUGAUAACAACAAAAAACCUGAGUACUAUUAUCUCGUAUAGUACAGUCGCUGCGUAGCUUUGUCCGUAUGUACUGUUACCUAUCGGUCCUUAGAUAAGAGAGCGUGCCGGCGUUACUCAUGCCAUAGCGCUAUCGGUUUUCUGCUGCGUCUCUACUCGGGUCGCAACGGAAUCAGGCAGCGAGAGUUGUCACGUGAUUCGCAAAUGAAUGAAUGAAUGAGUGACCUCAGUUUUUGACAAACGCCCCUUUCAUAUCGAAUUGCUUGGGUCUUCCGGAUGCGGACUCGUUAGCGGAAUUAAGAGAAGACUGCGGAGGGCACAGAUACGAGGCAAGCGCUGCGGCAGUGCAUGGCUGAUUUGAACCGAUUUUGGACUUUGGACUAUGGUAAUUGCUGUUGGUUUGCAGACAGAUACACUGAGAUACACCAAUUUUUGCAUUGGAGGUAAGUACUGUACUUAAUCUCAUCUACUGAAUUACAGCACGACUACAGUUUUCGCUCGGUCAGCAACAACAUAUUUGAAUUAAUACUACCGUCUUUUUGUGGCAGAUCUUCUUUUUGUAUCGCCGAUUCUUUCUGCAGUUUUGUCCCUUCUGAUGUCUGUGUCUUCUGAUAAUUACGAUGACGCAUUUUGUGCAAGAUAGAAUUUGUUCUCCAGCACCCACCUUCGCACCACGCAUGGAUCUUGGCUCAAUGAUUCUUGAGAAUACAUCUAGACGAGACUAAGCUUUUUGAGUUACGACACAGAGUUCUUCCGAGACCGUUGAGAGAAGUUCACAGUCUGAUGAAAUUUGAAGAGAAAUGCAACGUACUGUUGCAUUUUUUGGAAGAGAACAUACUUGACAAGAAAGACUGCAGCAUGCGCUGGCGCUGGCGCUGCUGUAGCUUCUAUAAUUCCAUGCUGUUGAUAAUGUUCUGGAGUGGAGGCAGUAUGCAUAAGCUGCAGCAGGC